CUCUCUGUGAGGAGCAGAGUGAGGAGAACUACAACUCCCGGCAGGCAGCGUGGCUUCUCUACCAGCACCCGGGAAGAUGUCGGGGAAAGUGAAGGUUCGAGCGGCUGCUAAUGCCGAUUCUAUGUCAGGAGCCGUGUCCGUGAAUGAGAGGAUCCUAAGGGACUGCCACAGCCUGUACAUCGAGCCUGAUAAUGGUCUCAUCGCUUUGGCCGCCCACCUGGGUCUCACCUUCCUCCCUCCCCGCAAGAAGAUCACUGUGAUGUUGAUGGGGAAUCACUCUGCUGGGAAGAGCAGCUUCAUCAACUGGUACAUCGAGGAACAUAUCCAGAGGACGGGAGUCGCCAUCGAGACGCAGGGAUUCACCUUCAUCACAAGCGGCCGCAAGAGGGAGACACUGACUGGAGAUGCAACGCUUCACCUGUAUCCUCACUUCAAACCUCUGCAGUCCUUCCAAGGUGUUUCUGAAUACCUCUGCACAGAGAUCUCCACUUCCCGCCAGAAAAAGUUCGGCCUUGUCACCUUUGUGGACACUCCGGGGCUGGUGGACGGAGACAUGAAGUACCCCUUUGAUGUGAACAACGCCCUCUUGUGGUUAGGAGAGCUGUGCGACCUGGUGCUGGUUUUCUUUGACCCUAUGGGUCAGGCACUGUGUAAACGCACGCUGGACAUCGUGGAGAAGAUCAACGAAAAGCACGGCGAUAAACUGCGCUUCUACCUGAGCAAAGCGGACGACGCCGGAGGAGAGAGCGACCGCCAGAGGGUGCUGAUGCAGAUUGUACAGGAGCUGUGCAAGAGGCCCGGGCUGAACAAAUGCGGCUUCGACAUGCCGACAAUCUAUAUCCCCAACCCCAACAAGACGAGCCGCUGUGUUAACCAGAUAGAAGAUGUUUGUAAAACCACCGAGAAGACCAUCACUCAGACAGUCCAGACCACACUGAACACGCUCGGGAGAGACUGCCAGAAGCUGACGGAGAGCAUCGAGAAGGCCCUGCAGGAAGAUGACGAGACGGUCUGGAGGAACCGGCGCUCUCGGGUUCGGGGAUGUCUCUUUGGUCUCUCCGGCUUUCUCCUCCCCCUUUUCCUCUUUGCCUCCGCCCUCUUUGGAUCCAUCCCGCAUGAGAUCUGGACCAGCUUGCUGGGCAAAUCGGUGGCCGAGAUCCUGGAAGUCUACCUGUCUCCGUUUGAAAGCAUUUGGUCCCUGGUGCCGGAAGAUUAUGUUCUUUAUACCUUCUUGUCUCUUGCACUGCUGGCCACUUUGUUCCUGCUGCUGGCCCAGAGAUGCUUCAGGACACGUCCAACUCUAAGCAAGAAACAGCGGCGAUUCCUGCAAGACCGGCGUGCGUACGUCAACGAGGUGGUUCUUGAGAAAAAGAAACGACUGUAUGAAGAGUAUCUGAAGCAAAGCGUGGGCGACCACGACAUGAGCUGACUUCCGGACAAGCCUGAGGACUGAGAUAAACCCCAAAAAACGUAUCAUUCAUCUUCCACUACUAACCUCUGCCCUACCACGGGGGCCAUCUGAGAUUGUUACAGCCAUCAACACUACAGCCGCUCCUUCCCUCCCCUCCAGUGUCCUCGUCCCCCACCUUCCAUAUACCCCAAUAUUU